CCUUUUUAAUCUCUGCUUCACUUUUCCAGUCAGCUCUGCAUUUGUUGCUGCGCAGCUAAAACGCGUCUUUAUAUUUAUUUACUUUCACUUCUACUUUGCCUUCAUAUGGAUAUUUGUUUUUAACCGAAUAACACUGAAUGCAUCAUAUUUACGAUGUUUGUACUGAUUGUAUAACCUUGUUUGUCCGACAGUUAAACACUCCUUGAAGUUUUUUACAACUGGAUCUUCUGGAUUCCAAAAUGUUCCAGAGUUUGUAGCUGUUGGAUUGGUUAAUGAACUUGUCAUGGGUUACUGCGACAGCUAUGAAAAGAUGGUUGAACCAAAACAGGACUGGAUGAGAAAAGUAUUUGAUAGUGAUCCUCAGCAGUUGGCGUGGUACACUGCAGACUGUCUUGAGGAGGGGCCUCCCUUUUUCAAAGCCUCGAUUGACCAUUUGAAACAUCGCUUCAACCAAAGUGGAGGUGAUCACAUUUUACAGAGGAUGAGUGGCUGUGAGUGGGAUGAUGAGACUGGAGAAGUUAAUGGUUUUAUUCAGUUUGGUUAUAACGGAGAAGACUUUUUAUCAUUGGACCUGGAGACACUGACAUGGAUCGCUCCAAAACCACAGGCUGUCAUCACCAAACAGAGAUGGGACGCUGAGGAAGCUAGAACAAAAUACUCUGCCUAUUACCUCACUCAGGUAUUCCCUGAAUGGCUGAAGAUGUAUGUGGACUAUGGCAAGAGCUCUCUGCUGAGAAAAGACCUUCCCUCAGUGUCUCUCCUCCAGAAGACUCCCUCCUCUCCAGUCAGCUGCCACGCUACAGGUUUCUACCCUGAGGCAGCCAUGAUGUUCUGGAGGAAAGAUGGAGAGGAGCUUCAUGAGGACGUGGAGCUCGGAGAGAUCCUCCCCAACCACGAUGGAUCCUUCCAGAUGAGUGUUGACCUGGACCUCUCAUCAGUCAAACCUGAAGACUGGACCAGGUACGAGUGUGUGUUUCAUCUCUCUGGUGUGAAGGACGACAUCGUCACCAGACUGGACAAAGCAGUGAUCAGGACCAACAGAGUUUCUCCCUCAGAGUUUCCUGCUGCUGCUGUUAUUGGAGUUUGUGUGGGAUUGAUGCUGCUUCUUGCACUCUGCAUCACUGGACUCUUCUUCUGGAGGAAAAACAAGAAUGGAUUCAAGCCUGCAAACUCUUCUGAACAUUCAUCCUCUCUAACUCCUGUGGACAAUGAUACAGCUCUGACUGAUCACACGAUUCAGUGAAGAUUAGAAGAAGACACGUAACUCCAGUGAAGUGGUUGUGGCAUCAAUAUUUUAUUAGGUUAUGUUAUGUGACAUAAAUAUGUAUUAACAAAACUUCUUUCCUGAAAUCUAACUUAAGUGUUACUUUUAUAGAUCAGAUUUAACUGUUUCAGAUUGUCAGUGGAUGCAGUGAAGAAUAAUGAAGUGAGAAGUGAUAGAAGCAUUUUAUCUGCAGCUGUUUCUGCAGACCUUUGGUGUAAAGAUCACUGCAGCAGCUGUCACACAACUAGUGGUGGAAACAGUAUUUAGAUCUCUUACUUCAGUAAAAGUACUAAUACCACACUGUGAAAU